AUGGCAUCUCUUCCUCCACUUCUGAUCGAUCUUCCUCGCAACCCACUCGUCGCGGUGGGCAUCCCCGUCGGCUUGGGCAUCGGCACGGGGCUGCUGACUCGCAAUGGCACUUACGGGCCCAACAGUCUCUGGUACAAGAGUCUGAACAAGCCGAGAUUUGACCCGCCUAAGUGGGCAUUUGGCGUCGUCUGGCCAACUCUCUACGCAGCAAUGGGAUGGUCAUCCCAUCUCCUCGUCAAAGCUCUGGACCGCACCCCAUCCGGUCUCGGUCGUCAGCGUGCUCUUCGCUCCCUCUCCCUCUACUACAUUCAACUCGCUCUCAACCAAUCUUGGACGCCUCUCAACUUCGGCUUCGGAUCGCUCGGCUUCGCCCUGCUCGAUAUCACGGCUUUAACCUCCACCAUCUUCGUGUGGCUGGACACGGCCCGUCAUGUCGAUGAGCGAGUCCUCUGGCUCAACUUGCCGUAUGCGAUUUGGAGCACGUACGCUACGUACUUGAAUGGAAGCCUGUGGUGGCAGAAUGGCGGGGCUAAGGUGGUGCAGGAUCUCGUGGGAAGAGUCAUGGGCAAGUCCAAGGGGCAGUAG